CAUUAUAAAAAAGUUGUGCGUUUAUUACUGCGGUGCUGGGGCCGGAUACCCGCGAUGGUUCUCUUCGGACGUGUCCACGUUUACACGUCGAAUCUCAUCCAACAGUUUGUAGCGGGUUGGUGUCGGCAUCCUCAUAGUCAAACAUGAAGUCCACUGCAUCCUACAAGGUGCCCUCGUGGCUGGGGCGUAUGUCCAUUGAGAAGCAGGAAACGUUACUCAAGCUGUGUAUCCUGACUUUCUGCAUGGUCUUGUCCUUCUCGACCCGUCUCUUCUCCGUGUUACGCUUUGAGAGUGUUAUCCACGAGUUUGAUCCAUACUUCAACUACCGGACCACCAGGUACUUGGCUGAGGAGGGCUUCUAUCGCUUUCAUAACUGGUUUGAUGACCGGGCCUGGUACCCUCUCGGCCGUAUCAUUGGAGGGACCAUCUACCCAGGUCUGAUGAUAACCUCUGCCAUCAUCUACCAUGUCAUGAACUUCCUCCAUCUCUCCAUCGAUGUCCGGAAUGUUUGUGUCUUCUUGGCUCCUCUCUUCUCCUCACUGACUACCCUGGUCACCUAUCACUUAGCCAAGCAGCUCAAGGAUACUGGAGCCGGCCUGGUGGCAGCUGCCAUGAUCUCUAUUGUGCCGGGCUACAUCUCUCGAUCGGUCGCUGGUUCCUAUGACAACGAGGGUAUUGCCAUCUUCUGCAUGCUGCUGACCUACACUCUGUGGAUCAAAUCGGUCAAGACUGGCUCCAUGUUCUGGGCUGCCCUAUGCGCCCUGGCUUACUUCUACAUGGUAUCGUCAUGGGGAGGCUACGUGUUCUUGAUCAACCUGAUCCCAAUGCACGUCUUGGCCUUGAUGUUGACGGGUCGGUUCAGCCAUCGGAUCUAUGUGGUCUACAACACUGUCUACUGCCUGGGUACGAUCCUGUCCAUGCAGAUAUCUUUUGUUGGCUUCCAACCUGUCCAGUCCAGUGAACACAUGGCGGCCUUAGGUGUGUUUGGCCUGUGCCAGAUCUACACCUUUGUGGAGUAUGUACGUUCUCGCCUCAGCCAGCACUACUUUGAUGUCUUGUUCCGUAGUGUGGUACUCCUUGUGGGCGUGACUGUAGGGGCAGUGGGAGCUGUCCUCUUGGCAACUGGCAAGAUCUCACCGUGGACGGGUCGUUUCUACUCCCUGCUGGACCCCUCCUAUGCCAAGAACAACAUCCCCAUCAUUGCCUCUGUCUCAGAGCAUCAGCCCACCACCUGGAGCUCCUUCUACUUUGAUCUGCAGAUGCAUGUCUUCAUGUUCCCCGUGGGCAUGUAUUACUGCUUUACGAAGCUGACGGAUGCCAACAUUUUCAUCAUCUUGUAUGGAAUCACCAGCCUCUACUUCUCGGGUGUGAUGGUGCGUUUGAUGCUGGUGCUGGCCCCCGUCAUGUGCAUCUUGUCAGGCAUCGGCGUCUCCUCCGUCCUGACUACCUACGUCCGCAAUCUGGACAUCAACAAACCAGAGAAGAAAUCCAAGAAGGCGGAAGCCUCCAACUACCCGAUUAAGAAUGAGGUUGCCUCUGGCGUGGUGCUUCUCGUAACCAUAUUCCUCAUCACCUACACCUUCCAUUGCACCUGGGUCACUUCGGAGGCGUAUUCCUCCCCUUCCAUUGUCCUGUCGGCCCGGGCUGGGGAUGGCAGCAGGAUCAUCUUUGACGAUUUCCGUGAGGCGUACUACUGGCUGCGACACAACACCGAAGAGGAUGCCAAAGUGAUGUCAUGGUGGGAUUACGGCUACCAGAUAACAGCCAUGGCUAACAGGACCAUCUUGGUGGAUAACAACACGUGGAAUAACACUCAUAUAUCCCGGGUGGGACAGGCCAUGGCAUCUACAGAGGACAAAGCGUAUGAGAUUAUGAGGGAGCUUGACGUGAACUACGUGUUGGUCAUAUUCGGCGGGUUAACUGGCUACUCCUCUGAUGAUAUCAACAAGUUCUUGUGGAUGGUGCGGAUCGGCGGCAGCACAGAAACUGGCCGACACAUCAAGGAGACUGAUUAUUACACACCCCAGGGGGAGUUCCGCGUGGAUAGGGAAGGCUCGCCUGUACUGCUCAACUGCCUCAUGUACAAAAUGUGUUACUAUCGAUUUGGCAAGGUCUACACAGAAUCAGGCAAGCCAACCGGUUACGACCGUGUCCGCAAUGCGGAGAUUGGCAACAAAGACUUUGAGUUAGAUAUAUUAGAGGAGGCGUAUACCACGGAGCACUGGCUGGUGCGCAUCUACAAGGUGAAACCGCUGCAGAACCGUGGUGCCUAAGAGUAGUGGAAAUUAUUGCCAUAACCUCAUAGAAUUAAAAAUCUGUUCCUUUUUUUGGCCACAUGGUCCUUGGGUCAUGGGGGGGAAGUUAAGGGGACCAAGAAAUAUUUUGUGCAAAGCAGGUAAUCCAAAAUAAUAUUGCUGAAGAAUGAGACAGUUAGGUUACAUUUAGUCUUAUCACCGCUUGGAUGGAAUACAUGUUUGUGAUUUUUGCCGGUGAAUUUACGCUCACGACUCCAAUAUCGGUAGAUUCAUGUAUACUGUCUUGCGUGUAGAAUUGGUGCGUACUCGAAUGUUGUACUGGGCCCAGUAUGAACAUAAACUGCAGCGGGCCCACACCAUUCACACAUGCACAGUGUAAUCUGUUUGUUUGAAAUUUCACGUGAGCAAACAUGAUGUGAGACAGUAGUGUGUCAAGCUGAUAUACCACUCAACAUUUAGAUGAGUUGGCACGGUUUUAAUACAAACUUCAAACCCAUUAUAAUUCAAAACGCAUUCAGGUCUGUCUUUGUUAAAAGGAGGCAAAUUACAGUAGAAAUAUCGUGGACUUUAUCUCCUUGUUCAAAAUCAUGUUAGUUUUUGAUUUAGGGAGUAGUUUAAUGCAGAAUUGUGUGUUAAACAAAAAAAGGCCCGUCUGUAAAGGGCUUUAUCAGAAAGCUGUAAAUCUUACUAGAAUGACCCGUUUAAAAGUACCAGAUUGUGCCCAGGAGUUUUUGAUCUAUUCAAUCCAGCAGGGGUUUGUACUGUUAUAACAGUGUAAUCUCUUUAUAUUUGCCAUCUCAUUUUUGUACGCAAACACAAAUGCCCAUUUCUUACAUGUCCAACUGUUCUCACAUACAUGUAGGCCUACCCAGUUAAAUUUUUUUUUAAUCUGGGGGUAGUUGGGAAGACAGCAUUUGGUAAGUGGCAGGGGCAGUGUUUACCGUUGGGAUUGUCACAAACUGAUAAGGCCACCCUUGCUUUCUUUGCACAUGUAGUUAAGAAUUGGCUCAGGCAACCUUAUGCAAUUUUCAGGGUUGUGUAGAGUAAAAAGAUGGGUCUGUCAUGGAGCUGGCAGGAGGCCCUAUCUGGUGGCAAACAAGGGUUUGUGUUGACAAAGAUUUAUUCCCAAAGAAGGAGGAAAUCAGAAGGGCUGGUGGCCAGAUAUGAAGGCAAGGGCUAGUGGCCGGAUAUGAAGGGCACACCAGCCAUAUUGUGAACAGUUUAAGACAGUUUCAUUGUAACAGGCGAACAUAGUACAUUGCUUAUCAAUUUUCCACAUUUUGUUUCCAUGAGUUGUGGAUUUCAACUGGUGAAGGUUCACAGUUAGUUUAGUUCACAAGUCAGUUUAGCAUUUCUUUCUUUCCUCUGCAGAAGUACUGAAUUUUUUUUUUAAAAAGAUGUAAUUGUUUAAGGGAAUUGCAAAUUAGGUUACUUAUAAAAACUUACAUCUGGUUUUUCCAAAUUAAAUGUAUCCACUGACAUUUAUGUACAUGCAGAUCUGUAGUUUUAUACAGAAUAUGGGCAAGCUAUAACAUGUACUGUUUUCUACCUUGCCAACAACUUGAUCACAGCUCCCUGGGCAGUUUUGUCAAACUCCUCAUUUCAACCACACCCAUGAUGUACAAUGUAUGCAUCAUGUUUUCCUAAUGGUUCUUGUUGGUGUAUUUCAGCCUUCCAUCACCCAUCUGAGGGGCAGAUGUUCAGGCAGUAGCGUCUUUAUGCCGCGUUUCUGACUACAAGUUUCAAUUGCAGCAUUGGUGUUUUUCAGAUGUGAUUGUCUGGAGUUUCUACACAUGUCAAAUGGUGUAGUGGGAAUCUUUCAGAGCUGUAUUAAAUUACUGGAGCGUUAACCUGUCAUUCCGGCUCCAAACAUGAAAAAAAUUGGACACCACCUUGGUGGCAGACAUUUUGAAGCCGUGUGUGUAGAACAUCAUGACAUAGGAUGGAACAGAUUCUGAAUUAUGUUCUCUAAAGCCACACACACAUAUAAGAUACCAUGCAUUUCAACAUUAGUUUGACAAAUGAAACUGCCUCAGCCAAAUUUAUCUGCAGUGCUCUUGUGUAGCAUUUGCAUUAUUUACAUGAAGCAAAACAAAAUGCUCAUUUGCUGAAUGCAUCAAGUUUAUUUGCAUAUCGCAUUUUUUAUUCAUACAGAAUACAGAUAAAGAUUUGCCAGUAUAGCUGUACAAGAGUUUGAGUUCACUUUUCCAUAGGUUUGUGCCCAAGAUGGAUGAGUCCAAAAGGUUUCACUUUGCAGAGCGAGGUAACGCUCUAGCAAUUAUAUAUAGCUCUAUUGGAAAACUACACUGUGUGGUUCAACUUUGGUAGGAAUCAGGGUGCAGAACUAUUGAGCCACUGGGCAAAAAAUUUUGCUGAGCAGAUAUUUGUGGUGGGUGGAAAUCUGGCUAGUAGCCCAUCAUAAGCAACAUAAAUCAUGACAUUUGGUUGACAAGCUGUUGCAGCUGAGCCAAGCCUAAUGGCUAUGGCUGGGAGUAGCACACGUGUUUAUGAGAACACCUGCAGCUGCUAGCCAGUGGCCCCCCAUAGGCACAAGUGUUGUUUCCAGCGCUAGCCAUAAUUUCUAGACGCAGCCCUUCCUGCGCCAAGUAGUUCAUAAAGCUGACCACAGGCAUCAUGUUGAGAACUUUAAUCCACUCCAACUGUCCUGUAUCCUUCCAAAUCCAUUGAAAGAUUUCCAAAUUUUACGUAGGAUUGAGGAAUCUUACAACUAAGCCGCUGCGUACAUCACAGUACGUAGAGCUUGAUGCCCAAUGUACAUUAAAAAGAAAUUGAAAUCAACAGAACAUUUCACCAUCUAUAAACCAGCCUCAAGUACAGGUUUCCAGUCCAUUGUACCAAAUCGCCAACUAUAAACCAGCCUCAAGUACAGGUUUCCAGACUGUUGUACCAAAUCACCUACUAUAAACCAGCCUCAAGUAUAGGUUUCCAGACUGUUGUACCAAAUCACCUACUGUAAACCAGCCUCAAGUAUAGGUUUCCAGACUGUUGUACCAAAUCACCUACUAUAAACCAGCCUCAAGUAUAGGUUUCCAGACUGUUGUACCAAAUCGCCAACUAUAAACCAGCCUCAAGUAUAGGUUUCCAGACUGUUGUACCAAAUCACCUACUAUAAACCAGCCUCAAGUAUAGGUUUCCAGUCCGUUGUACCAAAUCGCCAACUAUAAACCAGCCUGAAGUACAGGUUUCCAGACUGUUGUACCAAAUCACCAACUAUAAACCAGCCUCAAGUAUAGGUUUCCAGUCCGUUAUACCUCUUUUACAUGACUUUUAGUGAAAUGCAGUCCAGAGAUAAAUCUGUGAUGUAAUAUUUUGGCAUUGCUCCACUUGUGUACACUAACCAGUGUAACUUGAUCCAUCAGCAAGACAAUGGGAUAAGAUUGCUGUGAUGUGAAGGGAACUAUCUACUAUUGAAAAGUGGAAUAAAUGAAAAUCAAUGAAA